CCCGCCCGCUCCCGACGCUCUCGCCGCUCCCGCAGCGCCUUUUCGUCCUUCGAGCACGACCAGCUGCCCGAGCUGGAGCGGUGCGGGCUGCCCCUGGAGCAGGUGGCGGACGCCGUCCCCUGCUGCUCCCAGGUACGGGAAUCCCUGACAGAAGAAGAGAAGACAAUGUUUGCAGAGAAGGCUCAUAAGCUGAAUAGCAAGAAAUGCUCUCAGAAGACAGUAAAGGAGACUUGUAAGGUGCCUGAUCCAGUUCCUGCUGCUAUGACCACAAAGAUGCCCAGUGUUACUCCAUCGCCAGCUGCCUGUGCUCUGUCUUGGAAGAAUGAUCAGGAUAUGCUUGAAGAUAUCUUCUACUUCCUGGACAUUUACAGCUAUGGGAAGCUGCCACCCCACUGCGAGCAGCGCUUCCUUCCUUGUGAGAUUGGGUGUGUCAGAUAUUCCCUACAAGAUGGCAUUGUGGCUGAUUUCCACCACUUCAUAGAUCCAGAAGUACCACCACGUGGUUUUCGCUACCACUGCCAGGCUGCUGGUGAUGAAACCCAUAAGAUCCCCAUAUCUGGAUUUCAUCUUCCUCGUUCUUGUUACGCAGUUGUCCUACGGGAACUUCUUGAGUUUGCCCAGCCAGCCACAGGUGCUCAGCCUCGCUUCUUCUGCAGGUCUAAUGACAGAUUCCGAAUUAACUGGUGUCUUGGUCGAAUGGUCAGCAUAACAGGUAUUGAGAGCCACUGGGAGCUUUUUACUGUGGAAGACCUGAUAAUGGAACUGUACCAGAAGAAAUACCAAAAAGAGCCAUCCAAGAUCUGGGUGUAUAGAAAACUAGAUGUCUGCCUCUGGGAUUUCUCUUAUAAUACCAGGUGCAAGUGGCAUGAGGAGAAGGAUAUCAUCUGCUGUGCUCUGGCAUCCUGUAAGAAAAUGGGUUACUGCAUCAGUAAAUCCUUUGCUAGUGCGUAUGGAGUCCCACUAACAGCAGCUCACCUCCCUCUGCAAGGCUCUGAUUGUGAUCAAAGCACAAGUACCAGGAUUGUGAAGCUGAAUGCUAGACAUAUCCAGAAAACCAAAAAUGAGAGUUCUGGAUGUGACAAAACUUUGGGUCCUCCAAGACAGGAUCAAGAGUUUGUCCCCUCUAAUUGUGACUCUCCAUGUGGUGUGAAGACCUCCCCUUGUGAAGCAAAUGUUGUACAAGGAAGAGGAGUUAUUCGAUUGCUGAGAACUGCACCUGAUCUGUCCAAGUCUUUCAGUAAUUGA